AUGGCAACCGACAGUGGCGAUGUCGCCACGCUUUCCCGUUCAACACCGUCGGACCAGCGUCAGGAGGAGGACAAUAAUAACAAGAUCGAUCUGGUAGUAGACACGGUAGCUAAGCUCAACCUAAACGGCACAGCUACGGAGAUUGCGGAGGAUAUUGUAGUAAAUGCAAACAAAGCCACUACUGUACCUACAAUCGACCAGCAGAGCACUGUGGAAAAUCAACUGAAUAACAAUUCGGGCGCAAUCCACGACGAAACUUCAACCAGCACGACCGGGAACAACAACGCCGUGGAGGUGAUACCCACGGCUCCAAGCGGCGGCUCACUGUCGAUUGGAAAGCGAAUUCGUCGCACAUCAGAGAAGCUCAAUGAAGAAGCGGUUAGUGGAGCGAAUUCGCGCAAAAAAUACUCUCUCGACAUGUUGCUUUCGCUGAAGGAUUCUGCAAUCGGACGCGAAAAACCUACCACGAUACCGGACGUGUGUAAGUCGUUGUUAAAAACGAGCCCCGGAACUUUCGUAUCUUCCGCUCGCCAUAUGGGAGGUGGCAUGAGUGGCAGGGGAGUUGGUAGUAGCGCCGGGAUGCAAGACAACUCCUUGCUGCCCUCCUUCAUGAAGGGUAUGGGCUUUGGUGCCCCGUCGCUCGGUGAGGCAUCCGAAAGUGGCCCUGGCAGCUCUAGACCCCCAAUGAGUCGCAAUCCUUAUCGUGGACGUCUUUCGGCUAAAGAAAUGUCAACCCGCACGAAUACCGGUGGGCCGGGAGGAGACGACAUCGACGGUCAAAUGAUCAAGGUUAACCUAAAUAUCACGGAGGAGGUGAAGUUGAAAGGUUCGGCAAAUGCGUGGAAGCCUCGUUUUAUGCAACAGAGCGUGGAAGUGGACGAGGAAACGGCUAAGACCCAAGAGCUGUCCCGCCAGUUCCGCAGUUCGCUAAACAAACUUACUCCGGAAAACUUUUCCGUAAUCAUGGAGCAAAUGAAGCAACUGAAGAUAGACACGGAAGAACGGUUGGGUAAUUGCAUCAACAUUCUGUUCGAGAAGGCAAUUAUGGAACCCAAUUUUUCGGACACGUAUGCGCAAAUGUGUAAGGAACUGGGUACUAUCAUCCUAGUUAAAUCGAACCAACAAGGCGCGGUGUUAAAUUUAAAGCGACAAUUGAUAUCGCAGUGCCAGAAAGAGUUUGUUAAGCAGACGACACUCCAACAGGAGAAUGACUUGCGCAAUGAGUCGGUAGAGCAAGCGACAGAAGAGUUAACGGAGGAAAUUAAAAUGGAAAUGGAAGAGCGAAGAAGUAGCAUUAGACGGCGGGCUCUCGGCACCGUCCGAUUUAUUGGCGCGCUCUACAAACAGGAGCAGCUGACGGUGAACAUAAUGGAGAAAUGUAUAGAGAUGUUACUUAAGGACGAAAUUUUACAUGAGGAAUCCCUCGAGAGCGUCUGCAAGCUUCUAACCACGAUUGGAGCACACAUGGAGGCGGAAACGGAAAAGAAGCAAACACAGACCGUGCUAAAUGGUUGCUUUAACAAGCUGCAAUCGAUUGCGGACCGAAAAACGCCUCUUCCGAACGGUGAACCGUUGUGUAACCGUAUCCGGUUCAUGAUCAUGGAUUUGCUCGAUCUUCGCAACGAGAAAUGGCGAGGGAGACUUGCCCUGGCGGCACCAAAAACGAGAGAACAGAUUCAGCGCGAAGUCGAAGCUGAAGAGAAUAAAAACUGGCUGCUCAACUACAAAUUACCCCGUGGUGGAGGCGGUGGUGGUGGCGGUGGAGGAGGAGGGGGUGGUGGCAGCGGAGGAGGUGGUGGUGGAGGUGCUGGUAGCAGUGCAUCGAAGAAUAAACGACUCGUUGAUGAGGAUGGUUUCGUUAUGCACGUCUCCGGUAGCCGCAAUCCGUGGACGAUGCCAUCCAUCGAUCCGAACAAGAUAAAUAUAUCGGUCCCAAAACCAGUUGAAGAAACCCGGCUUGGAUCGGCUUCCAUGUUUCAAGGAUGGGGAAAAACGAACGUCUUUGCUUCUCUCAACACGGAAGAAUCAGCAGCGGCAGCACCGAGCUUUUUCGGAGCUUCUGGUCCGAUGGGUGGAGGUGGUGGUAGCAGUGGAGGCGGCGGUGGCGCUGGUGCUGGCGGAGGCGGUGGUGGUGGUAGUAAAACAGCAAAGAAAAGUGGUGGUGGUGGUGGCGGAGGAGGAGGAGGUGGUGGAAAUAAUUCCAAAAAGCAACAUUACCAUGGCCGAAGCAGCAGUCACUUCUGAUAGAGCAACACAUCAGCAGAGCAGUUUGUGGUUCCGUAAACCUGCCCACUAUUCCACGAAUGCAAUAAUUGAGAAUGGGCAACAUCUUCCGACAGGAACACUGCGAAAUAGCGCUGGCGCAUUAUUGGAACGCGUAGGCGUGACGAGAAUCCAAAUUUGCUGUUCUUGAGAGGUCUAUAGCUCUUUUCUGAUUCUUUAUUUUUGAUUCAACAUUUAUUACUGAUUCCCGAAACAAAACAUUUAAAAGAUAGGCUGAGCUCUAAUCUUAAAAAAAUAGCAAAUAGAAAUUUCCUCAUCCAUAGCUGAAAGUAAAUCAGCAUAGUUUUGGGAUUAUAUGAAAACCAACAAUAUUUGUCUCUUCACUUACUGAAUGCUCUCAAACCCUGUCAUAAACUGCUCUUAAUUUUUCUAGAUCCUUACCGUUUAUCAAACACAUUUUAUGGAAUAUUUGAAAUUCCACGCAUAGAGCACUCUGUUAGCGGGACAUAGUCUACCCAUAAUUUUAAUUAUCACACUUUUGAUUCUUGCUCGUUUAACUAAUUCCUAUUUACCCUAGUUAAUCGAAGAUUUUCUGAAAAAGAUAGCAAACGUAUUCACCGAUAUUCUGCAUGUAUGAACUAGCAAGUGUAUUUGAUUGUAAGAAAACAGUUGUGUAUAUCAAAUUCAUGGAUAAAGUAGCCAAGCAGAGAACGAAAAAAUGCUCUUGUUUCCUUAACUUCCAUAAAAGCAAACGGUAGGAAAAAUAUUACGCAUCGAUUAGUACACGUAAUUCGAUGAAAACUACACUAUAUGUACACGAAACUGACUAGGUAGGAAGCUAAACGGUUGGAAAUGUGUGUUAGGAGAUAUAUUAGGGCCGGUUAGAAGCCAAAAUGAGAAAAAAAAUCAGUUGCCUCCUCAGAUGAACAAUUCCGGUUGCUUGAAGAGCGCAACCUGAGUAAAGAGGUACGAGAUUGCUGAUAUUGGAAAAAUCAAACCAGCAAACAUAGUUAGGACUGUUAAACAAAAAGAGAUAUACACAAAUUACAGCAACAGCAUCAAUAACAAGAGAAGGUAUAAUUUUAUAACUCAAACAUGCAGCAAUAUACAAAAUAUCCCACAAGCAGCAAUAAAAAUGCUUCAACCGGCAAAAAGAUUGGGUUGCGGCUUGAAAAAGGGUAAUAAUAGCGCCGCGAAUGCGCAACCUCAAGGAAAAGAACAUAGUUUAAAAUUUCGCAUACCGUACUCAAAAUAUGAUGUUGGAUUCAUGAUUUAUUGAGAGAUAGUCUUGAAUUAUUGGCCGUUUAGAAAUAUUAUUCAAAAAAAUAGCAAAACAAUGAAUGCGCAUGGAAAUAAAUAUGUGUCGUUGGACGUUAAUCAUCAUCCACAAACUCCCUCCUCCUCGUAUCCCGUGAAUGGCGCAUAGUUUAGCAAAGAUAAAACAAUUGUGAAAAAUACCCACUAGUAUAAGUAACACUAGAAUUUAAUUAGGGUUUUAAAAAUGAAUUUGGUAGAACGCUGGUGCAAAUAUAUGCAGUGGCCACCUGUUCUCAAACACAUCCAAUCUACUCAUAUCGCAAAAAAAAACUGUCCCAGAGUACAUCUUCUUCCAAACAGCGCCAACGGAUGGCACAUCUAUUCUGGAACAUCCGUGUCGUUUGUUUCGAAUAAUGUUCCAUGCAGAACGAUAUGAGCCACUACAGAAAGGUAACACUAAUAAAAAUACCAUGUAAUGCUGCUCGUUAGCAUAAACAUAAGAUACUGCAGCACACUUUUACCGUAGCGAACACUGUACAAGAGUAGCUAUCGGAAAAAACUCUGUUGGCGGAAACAUCAAAGAAAUGUAACUCCGUCGGAUUGCGAGGUCCGUGUGUCUGAUUUUAUUUCAACUGUACGAAAUGCACCAGAGAAACAACGCUUGGCGACGCUUUGUCAUGAUAAAGAAAGAGCAUUGUCGGUUGUAUCAUGUUGCUGUUAUAAUUAAGGUGCAUAAUUGUUGUAAGCAAUAAUCAUCUUAUAUUCCGCUGGCAGGUGCCCUAAAUACAACUUCAUUUUAAUAUACUUCGUUUUUUUCGUUCUAUUAGCUUAUAUAAAAUUGUAACUAUUUUGUAAAUAAACAAAAGCCUCAGUUUGUAUCAGCAAACUUAUGAUUUUUUAAGGACAUCGUGAAAUUAUAUCGGAAAUAUCAAUCGAUUAUAUUCGAGACUAUUCGUUUGGAUUUACAGCCAACUUUACCAAGCUUGUUAAAAUUAGAAUUAUCGUGACAUAUCUGGCGAUGUUAGAUGGAAAACUUUCCAGGUCUGUUGCUACCAUCAUCCGAGACGGAUGAAA